AUGGCGCCCCCUGGCUGUUGGCUCCAUUUACCAGCAGUAGCCUGGGACAAGUGGGGUUCUCCCGACUUGAGAACCCGGAAUGUUUUGGUCGCACGUCAUUGGUCCAUUAAUGUAGAUACUUCCGGUAAGCGCGUUAUCCACAAAAUGCACUUUUCAUUUCUACCCUCAGUUGCAGAACAACUUUUUAAAGACAUUCAGAAGAUAUACCAGGACACGUCUCAAAUUCCAGAUGACAUGCUGAUUGCGCUGAAGUUUGUAUUUGGCACAUGUGCGCUCCAGGCUUUGGAUCUGGUCGAUCAGCGCUCCGUCACCUGUCUCUCUUCUCCAAGUGGACGCAGAACCUUUCAGGUUACUGGAGGCUCUGGACGCACGUACACUUGCUUCGUGUCCUGUCACUUCUGCCCCUGUCCAGCCUUCGCGUACACUGUUCUCCGCAGAAAUGAGGGACUGCUGUGCAAACACCUCCUCGCCGUGUACUUGUCUCAGGCCAUGGGCGUGACUCAGCAGGAGGCCGUGUCUGACCAGGAGAUGACCACUCUGCUCAGCACCACAGCAUUUUGACAACCCAGGAUAUAGCGAUGAUGAGCCCUGCAAUAUGUCAAAGAGAAGUGUUACAAAGAACUUGAUGAGGUGUAUGAGGCUUCAGUGGAAGAUGCCAAAUAUUGCUUUAUUUAUUAUACUCUUAUUUGAC